AUGGCUACUCGAAGUAGGAAGGGUAAGAAGUGCACAGUGAUAGGAGGUUGUGGCUUCCUUGGCCGGUACAUAGUGGAGAGACUGUUGGAGGAGGGAUACACUGUCAGUGUGUUUGACAUCGCAAAGACGUUUGAAGAUGACAGAGUGAAAUUCUUUGUUGGAGACCUCUGUCAGGAAAAGGAUCUUGCCCCUGCUAUCAGUGAUGUGCAGACUGUGUUCCAUUGUGCCUCUCCCCCACCAAGUUCUGAUGACAGGGACUUAUUCUACAGGGUUAACUUUGUGGGUACCAAGAAUAUCAUCAGUGCUUGCAAGAAAGCUGGAGUGCAGAAACUUGUACUUACCAGUUCAGCCAGCGUAGUGUAUGAAGGAACAGAUAUCAAGAAUGGAACAGAGGACUUGCCCUAUGCUAAGAAGCCCAUGGACUACUACACUGAGACAAAGGUCUUACAAGAAAAGGAGGUGCUAGCAGCUAACAGCCCAGAAGAGAACUUCUUUACUGUUGCCAUCCGUCCCCAUGGAAUAUUCGGCCCAAGGGACAGACAGCUCGUUCCUAUACUAGUGGACACUGCACGGGCAGGGAAGACCAAGUUCAUGAUAGGAAAUGGGGAGAAUCUUGUUGACUUCACGUACGUGGUGAAUGUUGCACAUGGACACCUGCUGGCUGCUGAACACCUGCACAAGGACUCACCUGUCUGUGGCAAGGCAUUCCACAUCACCAACGAUGAGCCCAUCCCCUUCUGGACUUUCAUGUCUCGCAUUCUAGAAGGUCUCAACUACCCCUCCCCAAAGAUGGGGCUUCCUUACCUCCUCAUAUACUACUUAGCUGCCUUCCUGCAGCUUCUUUGUCUGCUCCUGAAGCCUAUCAAGGAGAUCAAACCCACCUUCACACCUAUGAGGGUGGCUCUGGCUGGGACCUACCAUUAUUACAGCUGCCAGAGGGCCAAGCAGUUAAUGGGGUACAAACCUGUGGUGCCCCUGGAUGAAGGCAUUAAGCUUACUGUAAAAGGUUAUGCUCAUUUACAAAACAACAACUGAACACCAUCAUGAAGG